GAGGCGCACAAACCAAGCUUGCUCUUCCUGUGGACUUCGUAUCCUCGAUCCAAACCCCUUGUUUCGUCGAUUCGAUUCCGGUUCCAACCCCUGAAUCGGAGGCCGGUCGAAGACGAUGCCGGAUCGAUUGCCGUCCUGCUUUGGCGGCGGCGGCGCCACCAGGGGCACCCCGACUUCGACGAUGGCCGGGCCCAACCUGACGACCUCGAUCUACGACACCCACCUCGGCGUCGCCUCCCUCACCUGGUCCCGCGCCAUCGUCGGCCUCACCCUCCUCGCGGACCUCCGCCUAUCCGGCGCCGAACCCGGGGAGGAUGACGAGGAGGGGGAGCGCCUCCGGUUCCGCGUCAGGCCGUGGCUCCCCUGGAAGCGGCGGGGGUCUCGGCGGUUUAGCCUCAGGGACCGCUCCUGCCACCACUGCGUGGAGUUCGCGUGGGACCUCUCGCGGGCCAGCUUCCACACGGGCGGCAGCGGCCGGCCCGAGCCUGCGUCUGGGUUCUUCGUCGCCGUCGCCUUUGAUGGCGAGAUGCUCCUCGUCGCUGGAGACCUCGUCGAGGAGGCGUACAAGAAGACCAAGGCCCGGAGGCCCAUCGCCCCCUUCUCGAACCCGACGCCGACCGCCAGGCGGGAGCACGUCGUGCUGGGGACCUCCGGUGGCCCGAGAUCGUACCGGACAAUGGCGCGAUUCGGGGGCAGGAAUAGGGAGAUUUCGAUCGAACUGGGCCCGAAAGAUAGGGAGCCGGAGGCGGGGAUGGCUGUGGCUGUCGACGGCGAGAAGGUCGUCCACGUGCAGCGGCUCCGCUGGAAGUUCCGGGGGACAGAGAAAGUGGAGGUGGAGAGCGGCGCCCGGAUGCAGGUCUCGUGGGACCUCCACGACUGGCUCUUCCAGUCAACGGCAGACGCCGCGUUAAGCGACGCAGCCGUACCGACGGCCGCGGAGCGGGGGCACGCCGUGUUCGUGUUCCGCUUCGAGGAAGAGGAGGAAGGGGUCGCAAAGGCCGCGGAGGGGCAUUCCGGGAAGGUAUCUGGCGACCCGUACGGGGGGCAUUCUGGGAACGGCGCGUACAAAGGCACGGUGUUCGGGGGGCAUCCCGGGAAGACCAGGAACUGGAGUGAGAGUAGCAGCAACGGCGGCGGCGGAGCGGAGACAACGGCAGCACAGAGGAAGAGGAAGAGCAGGAGAAAGGAUCUCCUGAAGACGACCUCUUCCUCAUCGUCGGCGUCGUCGGCGUCGUCGGCGAGCAGUUCCACCGUGAUGGAGUGGGCGAGCCAGGAGGAGAUGGAGUUGCAGAGAUCGGACGGCUUCUCGCUGCUGGUGUACAUCAGGGAGAACUAAUCUGAGUGCAUGUCCUGUCGGUGCUCGUUCCCCUUCCUUUGCUUCAUUCGUGUAAAUCUCGUUGUUGCUUGGAUUCUUUCUUUUUUGGUAUCAAAUCUCCUUGUUCAGAUCUUAAACUGGGAUUCAAAAGUAUUACAAGGGAAGAUCUUAGGAUGUUCUUUUC